GAACACAAACUCGGAUAGUAAACCGUUUUGAUAUGUGUUGUUUUUGCUGGAGCACAACAAAAACCUUUAAAAAUUAUGUUGCAUAUUCCUGUAGAUUGUGACCAACGAGCAUUAUUGUGACUAGCCGGUAAAAUAAUGGAGAUGUUUAAAGUAAUGGGAAAGAUAGGUGAAGGAGCACAUGGGUUGGUGCUGCGGGGCCGCCACAUCGUCUCCGGUCACGAUGUAGCCUUGAAGAAAGUUACUUUCAAGAAGUUUGAAGAUGGCAUCCCAAACAGCGUAUUAAGGGAAAUCAAAGCUCUUCGUGAACUUGACUCAGACUAUAUUGUGCAGUUGCUGGAUGCUUUCCCCCAAGGACUCGGGUUCGUGCUGGUGUUUGAAUACAUGCCUUCUGGCUUGUGGGAAAUGCUGAAUGAUGCUGCAAACCCUCUGAGCAUACCUCAAGUCAAAACCUACAUGAGGAUGCUGCUGCGUGGUGUGGCUUACCUCCACAGUUGUUCCAUCAUGCACAGGGACUUGAAACCAGCUAAUCUUCUGGUGAGCAGAGAUGGUGUUUUGAAGAUCGCAGACCUCGGACUGGCGAGGAUAUUCUGGAGCGAGACGCGCCCUUACUCCCACCAGGUGGCUACGCGGUGGUACAGGGCCCCGGAGCUGCUUUAUGGUGCACGCCACUAUACGCACGCCGUCGACCUGUGGGCAGUGGGCUGCAUAUUGGCAGAGAUGCACAACCGACACCCUCUCUUCCCAGGUGAGACGGACAUCGAGCAGCUGGCCAUCGUGGUGCGCACCCUGGGAACCCCGACCGAGGAGUCCUGGCCGGGGCUCACCAAGCUUCCGGACUACAACAAGAUAACAUUCCCGCACUCGCCCGGCUUGUCGUGGAGGAAGAUGCUGCCCGGCGCCUGCCCCGAGGUGGUCGGUCUUGUGAGGAGAUUCCUGUUGUACCCCGCCGGUCACAGGUUGCCUGCUGAGAAGGCGCUGGUUCACCCAUAUUUCUUCACAGAGCCACUGCCCUGCCUGGUGUCUGCGAUGCCGAAGCCAGAGGAUGGCCACAGACAGAGGUUCAAGAGAACUGAAUAUAAUGUAGACAUGCCUGCCGACCAAAUGUUCCAGGCGUUGAACAGCCUGCUGGCUGCACCGACAGAUAAUUAGUGGUUACGUGUGAGAGGAAAUACCAACUGUGAUUCAUGUAAGACUCAGUGUACUUCUGACCAAUAUGUUCCUAUGAACAUGCAUUUCCGAAGGGGAAAAGAGUGACAGAUAGCUUACUUGCACUUCUAUGUUCAGUGUUUUUUGAACUUUGUACCUGAAAUUUUAAAAAUAAAUUUAAUACUCUAUUAAUAUUAUGUACAUAAAUUAUAGUUAUGUUUAUGUGCAGUGUUGCUAAUUUAUUAUGUUACCUAAAUAAUGGUCAUUUCUGUAUGAAAAAGAAAUGGCUUGUUUCUUUAUUUAGAGUAUUUAUUUUCUGUUUAUGUCCUCUCUUAUGUGCAUGUUUGAUUAAAAUUUUGCAUAAAAAGUAUUGUUGUUUAAUGUACAAGUAUUACCCUUCGGGCACUUUCUGUGCUCUGCUUUUGUACACCCCGGCAUUUUUUUUGGUAAAAGAAUGUGCACACUUUCUCAUGCACCUUGACUAAUGGCAAACUUGUGUUGAGUGAAUAGUAGCUAAUUAUCCAAGUGACUUAAUACCUGUACAAGGACUUGUAUACUACAACUUGAAACUUCUGGGAACGUACAUUGUUCCGACCUUGGCUUAGUGUGCACAAUGUUGUGUUUCCACGUGUGACAACUUGGAGCGCUAAGUAAAGUUUUUUUAUUG